AUGGCUAGUGCAGUAAUACAUAUCGCGAAGGAAGUGGAGCGAACCCAGUUGUCUUCCGAGGCUUCGAAUACUAGCGUUGGAGGUGCGGGGACUGCUUCUAAUGAACCUCCGGCCGGGGGCGAGGAGGGUAGUGUGUGGAUAACGAAGAUUGGGUCCACUGAGGUCGGGUUCGUGGUGGGGUUGGCGGGCGGAUUAAAAGGGGAUGAUAAGUUGGGGUGUGUGGUGAAUGGAGGGAUUGAUUCGGUUGGAAGGGAUUCAAGCCUGCCGUUUUUCGUUCGCGUCAAUGGGAUAGUUUGGCCCCAAACAGAGAUAUUUCCUCUGGCACGCCGGGCUAAUAGUAUUGGCGAGGUCAAUGGAGAUGUUGUCACUGCUGCCGCGAGUGGGGAGGAUGAGUGGACCGUGGAAGUGACCGGUCUGACGGGAUCGACGGAAUACGAUUUCGAGUUCGUGAAGACGGGUGGUGGGGUGGUGUUCUACGGCACGAGUGCAUGUACACUACCUGCACAAGGUAAGAUUGCUUCCGCCGCUCCAACCGCCAAGCAUCAGCAACAGCCAUCGAGGCCGCUCUCUCCAGUCACGACGCUACUGCAUUCGCUCGCACAAGCCAACUCGAGCCUCGCUGAAACCAAAGGCAACCUCAAAUCGAUCAGAAAGGCUCACAAGACGGCGCUCAGUGAGAUUCGAAAAGAGAUCGAGAAACAUCGGGGAUUGAUUGGCAAUGACCGCGGCGAGGAACGGGCAUUCCGUCGCAACCUAGCUCUGAGGGAAUCGAUCAAGCGUGCCGAGGAAGAGGCGGAGCAAAUGUCGAUACAGAUGAAAGAUCUGCAGAAUCUUCCGGAUAAGAUGAAGCCCGAGUGGGAAGCAAAGAAGAAACAGUGGCAGGCAGAGAAACGCCGUCUUUCAACCGCUCAAGCCAAAGCCGCGGAGGACAAAGCGAACGCCGAUCGUCAGGCGUCCGCCGUCGAGUCGGAGGUCGCAUCUCUUGCUGCCAAGAAGGAGAAGAUGAUGGCCCGUCUCACCAAGCUCCGCGUGGACCUUGGGAAACUGGACUCGGAGAAUUCGGAGGGGUCCGACACCAAGGAGAGGAGACAGGCCGAGCGCGAAGCUGCUGAAAUGCACCGCCAGGCGGUCGAGUCGGAGUACCUGGGAGCCAUCCAGCGUCUCGAAGCGCGCAUCAACGAGUAUGCGGUGCGGUCUCACGAGAACUGGGGGGAUUACUACGCGCAGAACGCGGCACUCCAGCAGAUCGCUGCCGAGAUGCCGCUGCCUAGCUCUGCCCACGGAUCCGCCAACAUAAUGCUUCCCUUCGGCAUGAUCCCGCACGACGCCCACUCCACCCCGAACCUCCACUCGUCCCGUGAACGCUCCAUGAGCAUCUUCUCCGACGGCAGCGUCAUCACCAACCUCUCCGAACUCGGCCACACAAGCUCAAUGUCCGCCUUCGAGCCGAUCACGAACCGCCACAGCUCCGCGUUCGAGUACGCCCCGGGCCCCAUCGGAGUCAUUGGUCGCGGCAGGGGAGGCGAAAUGUGA